UUUUGCAGUCGAAAAUCGAAGUCAACUGGUGUUCACAGUACAACCCCCAUUUGUGUAUAUAUUGAAUGAAAAAAAAAUCAAUUCGAAUCGUAUUCUAUAUUUAUCCUAAAAUAUCUUAAUCCUUCCCCCAUUGAAACUGGUGUUGUUGUUGGUAAAAAUGGGUUCAGAAUCUGAUGAUUGCAAGGUGAUGUUGGGUGUAGAUGGCGGCACUACCUCCACUGUGUGUGUUUGCAUGCCACUUCUUCCCUUUUCCGAUAUCCAUAAUCUCCCUGAUCCACUUCCAAUUCUCGGCCGUGCCGUUGCCGGCUCUUCUAAUUUUAAUAGUGUUGGAGAAGAUGUAGCUAGAGAAACACUGGAAAAGAUUAUAGCAGAAGCACUGUCUGAUGCUGGUGUCAAACGGUCAGCUGUUCAAGCGAUUUGUUUGGGUUUAUCCGGUGUGAACCAUUCAACGGAUCAGGAAAAAAUAUUAGGCUGGCUGAGGAGCACUUUCCCAAUUCAUGUUAAGUUGUAUAUUCAGAAUGAUGCCGUGGCUGCUCUAGCAAGUGGCACGAUGGGAAAACUGCAUGGCUGUGUUUUAAUAGCUGGUACUGGAAGCAUUUCUUAUGGAUUUACUGAAGACGGAAGAGAAGCUCGGGCCGCUGGUGCAGGGCCUGUUUUGGGUGAUUGGGGGAGUGGCUAUGGGAUUGCAGCUCAGGCAUUGAUUGCAGUGAUGAGGGCUCAUGAUGGUCGAGGUCCACAAACAAUGCUCUCAAGUUGUAUUCUACAGUCACUAGGUCUUUCUUCUCCAGACGAACUCAUAGGGUGGACCUAUGCAGAUCCAUCUUGGGCUCGCAUUGCAGCACUUGUCCCAGUAGUUGUAUCCUGUGCGGAGGAUGGUGAUCAAGUUGCUGACGAGAUCUUACAUAAUGCAGUUCAAGAAUUGUCUAUAAGUGUCAAAGCUGUUGUCCAGAGACUACAUUUGGCCGGGGAAGAUGGGAAAGGCUCCUUCCCUGUUGUUAUGGUUGGAGGCGUACUUGGAGCUAACAAGAAGUGGAAUAUAGGGAAUGAAGUUACUAAUUCUAUUUUAAAGACUUAUCCUGCAGCUUGUAUAAUUCGACCAAAGGUGGAGCCUGCGGUAGGAGCUGCUUUACUUGCAUUAAAUUUCCUGAUGAAAGAAACAGUAGCGAAUGACCACAGUUGAAACCUGAUUGUACAGAGUGUUUUAACUGUAUGACCAUUGAUUUCAACUCCGGGCAUGUAUGUCCAUAGAUCAGUGGAUUAUAUUAUGUACUUUCCUCUUUUUCCUUUGCAUAUGCAGACUGCUAAAUGUGAUAAGGUAUUCAAAUGACCCUUGCACCAUAUUGCUGUAAAGUAUCUUUGUUUCCUAAGGUUGGCAGUCUUUUUAUGCCGCGGAACUGGAAGGAGAUUGUGUGGUCAUUGUUGCAUUUGUAUUCCAAAUUGAUACAUAAAUUUAAUGACAUACCAAUAUCUAUAUAAUAAUCUUUUACGGCA